ACGACGUAACCCAAUUCAUGACGAGGUUGUCUUGCUUGUCUUGCUCCUCCAACGAUCCGAUCCAUCACCGUCAUUCCUCUUCUCUUUUUCGUCUCCCUCUUUUUGGUCUCACGGUUUGUUCAGCUUGAUUGUCUACUCUUCUUCCCUCAAUUAACCUGGAGGAUCUUCAGGUGGAUCACAGUGAUCCAUACCGCACCCCUGGUUCGCUCCCCCUUGAAACCGACGACAGUGCGCCCGCAGUUGCCCGCAGUGCCGACCCGGCUUGAUAGUCCCAAUCGAGGUUCUUGAUAUCGGUCUCCUUCUUGAUUACGCUUAUACCGGAAAUACGAUCGUGCACCAUGGACUACUCCUCCAUAUCGCACGACCCUGACCAUCCGACGGGCACCGACCCGUGGGCUUCCCCGCGCACCAGUUACCCGGCCUCGACGACCAGCGACGUCCCUUCCUCGCCGUUACCUCCUCACGAUGCGGAGACCCAGCCGGCCGACAGCUCCGAGCAAGGAGUUGACUCGCCGGACCUGUCGGAGCGCUUACAGGGUUCUCACCUCGGUAACUCGGACUACAGUGUCGACCAGGCGCAAUCCCCUGCGCAACAGUCCCACCCCGACCAGCCUCGGUCUCAGCUCCCCGCCCGCUACCAAACCGGGCCCCGACAGAACGCCCGACAGCCGACUCCUACAUACAAAAUCCAGGGGAAGAUUACAGGUCUAGAGCGGACGGGCAAGAAGGACCCCAUCCUGCGUUUCGACAUCCACACCAAUAUCCCCAAAUUCAGGACCACGCAGUAUAGAGAUGUCCGUCGCACCCAUGGCGAGUUCGUCAAGUUCGCCGAACAUUUGAUGUCCGCAAACCCGGAGGCGCUCGUUCCCGCCGUUCCCCCGCCAUUGACCCCCGCCGGAGCCGGGACCGAGGAGGACGAGAUUCGGGUCAAGGCGUCGAUGCAACGAUGGCUGAAUUGCGUUCUGAGCAAUGAGGUCCUGAUCCAGGACGACGAAAUGGUCCUGUUUGUCGAGAGCGACUUCGGAUACAGCCCCGUGGUGCGGAUGAAGCAGCCCGCCAGUGGCAUGCGAAGGAAAAUGUUGAAGCAGUUCGCCCCGCCACCGGAUGAUACCCCAGAGUUGCAAAGCGCGCGCCCGGUGGCGAAGAUGUUCUACCUCGGAACGAUGGAUGCCAGCCAUAAGGUCGACCGUCUGGUCAAGAGCCGACGAGGAUUGGGACUUGCGGAGACGGAGUUUGGUGCGAAGCUGGGUCAGAUGAAUGUGCAGGAGACCCAUCCCGGUUUGGCCCAUGCGUACCGCAAGCUAGGCAAGAUCAUCCAAACCGUUGGAGAUUACCAUGCCGUCCAAGCCACCGCCGAAGCGACCACGUUGGAAGACCCCUUGGGCUACCAUUCGUCCGACGCCUUCAUCGUGAAGGAGACCCUGACGAACCGUCACAUCCUCCUGCGGGAUUUGCUCCAGGCGCAGCAGGCCACCCACAGCAAACGGGCGGCCGCCGACCGGCUGAAAGUCAGCUCGUCAGUCCGGCCCGACAAGGUGGAUGAGGCGAUCAACGCCUUGGAGGAUGCCCAGACCCGCGAGGACUACCUCACCAAGAGGACCCAGCGAGUCACGUCGAACCUGCUUAUGGAGAAACGCCGCUGGUUCGACCGGACGACGACUGAGAUGCUCGCCAGUCUUCGCGAGUACACCUUGCGCCAGAUCGAUGCCGAGCGGAGAACCCUAGCCACCCUGGAGAGCGUCCGACCCGACAUCCGGGCGAUCGACGCCUCCGGCGGACUGAGCCGGCUGGGCCGCGAAGCCCAUCCUACGGCCCGACGGCCCAAUCUCAGUGCGAGCCAAGGCCCGCGGGGUGAUGCGUGGAGUGGAAUCCCCCGUCGCAGCGACAGUCUAGGCCGUAGCAUCAGCGGGAGCAUCGUCCCUCCCACGCCGGACGACGAAGAGGAGGUGAACGGGCAAGGGGGUAAGGGGCGGAUGCGCUCUCAGAGUGGCGUCAGCUCGAUCGCCGAAGAAGAUGAUGACCGUCUGGACGCGCGGAAUGCCGCCAGCCGGCUCGCGACCAGCACCUU